CGCACCAUAAAGGCAGGAAGCACAUCUCACUUCGUUAUUGUAGCACUCAAAUCAUCAUUAUCGUCUUCUUCCUUGAUCACAGAACUGAAACCCUAGGUUGUCGGAAGUCAUGUCGAAGGCUGAAGUAACCAUGGAGGUCGGAAACGAUGGCGUUGCAGUCAUCACCAUGUCCAAUCCUCCCGUCAACGCCUUGGCCCUUGCGAUUAUCGCGGGGUUGAAGGAGAAAUACGCUGAGGCUAUGAGGAGAAAUGACGUUAAAGCUAUUGUUGUUACUGGCAAAGGUGGAAGGUUUUCUGGUGGUUUUGACAUCAAUGUUUUCCAGAAAGUACACAAAACUGCUGAUAUUUCACAUUUACCAGAUGCAUCUAUUGAUCUUUUGGUCAACACAGUUGAAGAUGCCAAGAAGCCUAGUGUUGCUGCCGUGGAAGGACUUGCCCUUGGAGGUGGCUUAGAAGUGGCAAUGGCUUGCCAUGCACGUAUUGCUGCACCAAAAACUCAACUUGGCUUGCCAGAGCUUUCACUUGGAGUUCUACCUGGAUUUGGAGGCACACAACGUCUUCCAAGGCUUGUAGGGUUGUCAAAGGCCGUUGAAAUGAUGCGGUUAUCCAAAUCAAUAUCGUCUGAAGAAGGGUACAAGCUGGGUCUUGUUGAUGCUGUUGUGUCUUCUGAAGAGUUACUGAAAGUAUCUCGAAGAUGGGCUUUGGACAUAGUGGAUAAGCGCAAACCUUGGGUGCGUUCCCUUCACCAGACUGACAAGCUUGGAUCAGUGUCUGAAGCACUUGACAUUUUGAAAAUUUCCAGACAGCAAGCCAGGAAAACUGUUCCACAUCUGCCUCAGCACCAGGCAUGCCUUGAUGUAAUUGAGGAGGGCAUUCUUCAUGGAGGAUAUAGUGGGCUUCUAAAGGAAACGAAAGUUUUCAACGAGUUAGUCUUGUCAGACACUGCAAAAGGUCUUAUUCAUGUGUUCUUUGCUCAGCGCGCAACAUCUAAGGUACCUAACGUUACUGACAUUGGGCUCAAACCAAGGAAUGUAAAGAAAGUUGCUGUAAUUGGUGGAGGUCUAAUGGGUUCUGGAAUAGCUACAGCUCUCAUCACAAGUAACAUAUAUGUUGUGCUGAAAGAAGUUAACUCUGAAUAUCUUUUGAAGGGUAUAAAAACGAUAGAAGCAAAUGUUCGAGGCUUAGUGACAAAAGGAAAACUGACACAGGAUAAAGCACAUAAAGCCCUCUCAAUGCUCAAAGGUGUACUGGACUACUCAGAAUUUAAAGAUAUUGACAUGGUCAUAGAGGCUGUAAUUGAAAAUAUUCCAUUAAAACAGAAAAUAUUUAGUGAAAUAGAGAAGAUCUGUUCUCCCCACUGCAUUUUGGCGACAAAUACAUCUACUAUUGACCUCAAUUUAGUUGGAGAAAAGACCAGUUCACAAGAUCGAAUCAUAGGGGCGCAUUUCUUCAGCCCUGCACAUGUGAUGCCUCUCUUAGAAGUUGUACGUACGGAGAAGACUUCUGCACAAGUAAUUCUUGAUCUCAUGACAGUUGGGAAAGCCAUAAAAAAGAUUCCUGUUGUUGUGGGAAGCUGCACUGGUUUUGCCGUCAAUCGGACUUUCUUCCCAUAUGCACAAGGUGCACAUUUUUUGGUCAAUUUAGGUGUGGAUCCGUUUAGAAUUGACUGGGUAAUCAGCAAUUUUGGCCUCCCCAUGGGCCCUUUCCAGCUUCAGGACCUUUCUGGAUAUGGAGUAGCUGUAGCAGUUGGGAAAGAAUUUGCUACUGCAUUUCAAGGUCGCACAUUUGAGUCUCCAUUGGUUAACCUUCUACUGAAAAAUGGGCGGAAUGGUAAACAGAAUGGAAAAGGAUACUACAUAUAUGAAAAGGGAAGCAAGCCAAGGCCUGAUCCUUCAGUUCUACCAAUUAUUGAGGAGUCUAGAAGGCUCGCCAAUAUUAUGCCUGGUGGAAAGCCUAUAUCUGUGACCAACCAAGAAAUUCUGGAGAUGAUACUCUUCCCAGUAGUGAAUGAGGCAUGCCGUGUUUUGGAUGAAGGAGUCGUUGUUCGAGCAUCAGACCUCGACAUCACAUCAGUUCUUGGAAUGAGUUUUCCCUCUUACCGUGGUGGUAUUGUGUUCUGGGCAGAUGAAGUUGGGCCUUACUAUGUAUACACAUGUCUCAAGAAAUGGUCAGCUAUGUAUGGCAGCUUUUUUAAGCCAUCAAGUUAUUUGGAACAAAGAGCAACAAAAGGCAUACCAUUGAGUGCACCUGCUUCAGCUUCACCAGCUUCAAAUUCACGUCUCUAGGGUACUGCAAGAUCCACCUGGUCGUCAAACAUAUCAGGUCUCAACAAGAAUAAGAACCCUUUUUUUCUUUGGCUCCAUUAGAAUUCUUUGAGAAGCAAAGAUCGAGAAUAAUUAUCUUUUACACGAUUUAAAUGUUGGUUCAAACAUUAUCUCUUAAAUUUUGCCAAUAAAUGAAUGUAGUUUAUUUCCUACAACA